AUGUUCAAAAAUACAUUUCAAAGUGGUUUUCUUUCAAUAUUAUACAGUAUUGGCAGUAAACCAUUACAGAUUUGGGAUAAAAAGGUACGUAAUGGACAUAUCAAAAGAAUAACAGAUAAUGAAAUUCAAUCACUUGUCUUGGAAAUAGUUGGUACAAAUGUUAGUACAACAUAUAUAACAUUACAAGUACUUGAUGAUCGAAAUGUUCGUCGUCGAUUUCGUGCGAGUAAUUAUCAAUCAACUACACGUGUAAAACCAUUUAUAUGUACAAUGCCAAUGCGUUUGGAUGAUGGAUGGAAUCAAAUUCAAUUUAAUCUAUCGGAUUUUACGAGACGUGCUUAUGGUACAAAUUAUAUUGAAACACUUCGAGUUCAAAUACAUGCUAAUUGUCGUAUUCGACGUGUUUACUUCUCGGAUCGACUUUAUUCAGAAGAUGAAUUACCACCGGAAUUCAAAUUAUAUUUACCGGUUCAAAAGAAAUAA